AUGGAAGUAAAACAAGAAAUUAGCGAGGAAACGUGUAAAGUAGAAAUCGAGCAUAACGAAUUGGAAGAUGCUCUUUUGGAUGGCUUUAAACGUGAAAUUCAUAAAGAAGCCAAUAGGCAAAGUACACUUGACACAUAUGAUUCUUUAUCUUUAGACUUAAAGAAAUUUCCCAUAAAUGCUGAAAUAGAACAACAUGGAAAUAAAAUUAACCAAUUUGAAGAAUACCAAAAAACUGAAAAAGGUUAG